UUGUAGAAGUUAUUCCCCAACACUUGAUAAUUUUGUUUAUUCAGCACAAGAUGCAUCAUUGUUUCAAAUUGCCAAUGUUAAUCAUGAUCUACACUAUGUUCAUCAAAAAUCAAUUAUGUCAACUGAAUGGAAAGCUCUAGAAAACAAUAUGAAAGAGGUUAGUCUGGCUAGGCCAGCUGGUAACAAGAGCUAUGCAUCACUGGUAAAUAUGAUUAUGGAGUUUUUUUGUUGUUUUUUUUUUUGGGGGGGGGGGUUAUUUGUAGGGAUUUGAAGUCCCAUUAGUUGUUGAGGAAAUAGUAGGAUAUACAGCAGUUAUUGCGUUUCUGGGUGUGAGGACUCUAACAAACAACAAAUCAGGAUCCCAAAGGAUAAGUUGCGUUAGCUAUCAGAUGCGGUGUUGAUAUUUUUAAACAAAAUAAAACGAUGCUCUAAAGAGUGCAGUCUGUAAUAGGACUACUUAAUUUGUGUGUAAUGAUCAUUCCUUCAGAUAGGAUGUUUAAAAGGCUUGGUAGGAUUCAUAUCGGCUAGACACCACACUAUGGUCAGUGAAGAUAUGGAGGAUGUCAGAAUCUGGACCAAAUGGCUGUUGUCGAGGAACCUCAUGGAACAAAUAUCUGGAAGCUUGUAAAGAAUGUACGCCGGGGUACUUUGGUUUGCGCUGUGAAAUACCCUGUGUAUACCCAUAUUACGGAACACUCUGUGAGAACAAAUGCUGGUGUGAUCGAGAAUCCUGUCAUGUUUCAUCGGGGUGUCCAAAUUUAUCAACGAGAACCACAGAGAAUGUUCUGAGAACUGAUGUAAAUGGAUUCGAUAUCAACGUUACCAGCUCUGGUGGCGUCCAUUUGUUCAAUAACACUAACAGCAAGAAUGAAGAUUCUCCGUCUUUCCCAUCUAUCGUUACCAUUGUCUCAUGCUCCAUUUUAUUUGUUCUGAUUAUUGUCUCAAUAGUCUUAAUAGCUCGGAAAUACGGAAACCAAAACAGAAUCACCAACGCUAACCACAAUGACAGGUACUUGUAUCAGUCGCCCAGUGUUACAAUGAGAUCUGAACAUGUUUAUCAACGAACGGGGAUGGCAGAUGUGUUUUCCGGAAUCUCCAAUGUGACUAUCACAUACGAAAAACCAUCAAAGACGUAUUCCAUCAAACUUCAUUGUGAAGAGACGGAACCCUUAGUGACUGAUGAGGUUUUCACCAGUCAAUACGCUGUGUCUGAUGACGUUGAUCGGGAUCGAUAUACUAUAAAUCCUAUCAGACGUGGUGAAAGAUCUGUAUACCAUAACGCUGAUGACAUAACUCGUGUUUCUACUGAAACAAUGUCACAGCUGUAAAACAUUUCAAACAAAAUAUUAGACGGAGAUUAUCAAUGUUGAUAUCAAAAUUAUUUAUAUACAGGAUUUACAUGUAUACUGUAUUUUACACAGGGGCUAAGCCCGUUUUGGGCCCGAACUCUGUGAUACCAUAAAUAUAGAGUUCGGGCCCAAAACGGGCUUAGCCCCUGUGGCAAUUUACACACAGAGGUGUGCACUUUCUGGUGUACACCAUUUACACCCUGCAUAUGACAUGUGUUGGUAAAUGUACCAAAAUAAUUCAUUAUAUGACUGACAAAUUAUGAGACUGAAAAUCUGCAGAUGUGUUUCUCCGUAGUUUGUUAAUUAGUUGUAAAAUACAUAAGAAAACAAUUCCAGCGCAU